GGAGUUUACACAUACGCGAAUGGGGACAGGUAUGACGGCGAAUGGCUAGAUAGCAAAAUGCACGGUCGAGGAGUUUACACAUACGCGAAAGGGGACAGGUAUGACGGCGAAUGGCAAGAUGACAAAAAGCACGGUCGAGGAGUUUACACAUACGCGAAUGGGAACAGGUAUGACGGCGAAUGGCAAGAUGGCAAAAUGCACGGUCGAGGAGUUUGCACAUGCGGGAAUGGGGACAGGUAUGACGUGAAGUACACUAAUGGUGAACAAAUUUCGAAGAAGUGUCGCACCGCUUACUGAUUGUGACGUCUUGUCUAAUGCAUACUCCUCUCUGAAAAGGCAGUUAUUAAACAACAUUCAAAUUCGUUAAACACGUCGUGGUCCGAUGAUGAACAACUACUACAAAGCGUGUUGAAAUUUGAGAUGGAACAUGGUAUGUCUGAAUCAAUUUCGAUACCCGUGGAAUGUACGGACGAUGAACUGCUUACCUGUACUGAUCUUAUUGAAAAGUUUGAGAAGGCCAACGUAUCGGUCGAUGAAAUGAAAUCGGUUACAGUGUACCCGAGGGCAGAUGAUACUGAUUAA